AACGGCACACCCACUGGAGGACAGAAAUGUGAGGGAGCGUGACAGUCUGGGCUUCACUUCCACACUGUGCUGUCCUCUCCAUAUAGAACGUCGUUGGUGCGAAUAUUCCUAAAGUUGAGCCCACUAACCUGACUGUCACCCUAGAUACUGCAUCCUUGUCAAGGGAAGACGGAAUCGCCGCUGCCGCUGAGAAAACAAGACGGGAAGAGAGGGCGGCUUCCCGCGAAACCCUGGAAUAGCAGGAGGCGGGCUGAAUGCGGCUGGUGGGAAUACCGAGUGUGUCCCGAGGGGAAGCGGCAAGCUGAUCGACCGCGGCUUGAACUGUUUUUUUGAUGCUACUUGUCGAGAGCGUCCCCACAGCAUCGGCAGCUGUGCCACCUGCUUGAGACUGUUGCGUGUGAUGAGCCGGCGACAGAGCGUUUCGCUCUCCGGCCGGCCUGUGUCUUUCACCCUGAACCGGGGAAGUGAAAGCUGUGCGGCGGUGAGCGUGGAUUUUACCCUAUCGCGGAGCUACGAGCUUCUCGCCUUGGACCUCAGUUUGGGAAGAACUUAGCCAAGGGGGAGAUCCAGCGUUUUUAUUUUUUUAAAACUGGAAUCUUGUAAAAGGAAUACCCAAGAGAAUCCGCCCACCAAGCGACAAGAGAGGAGCAGCGGAGAUAAAAGAAGAGGGACACCGUAGUCCUAAAAGAAAGGCCAGCUGCAUGUACACCGGCGGUGCUGAACAAGGAGAGCCGAUGAAAUGCUAGGCUAUGUCAUGGAAGGAGACAGCUGGAAAAAACUGGCUUCGCUUGGAGAAAAAAAUCCAAAUCUUCUCCCAAUUCUGCACGCGCCAUUUAGCGUAGGGUCGUCUAACGAGGGGCACCGAAAAAAUGUGCGUUAGAUACCCAAGGGGUGCAAACAAAUGAGCCGAAAUGGAGCUCUGACAAAGCUCCCUUCUACUAGUUUAUGUUAAUUUUACAUUUUUUUUUCAGUUACAUACAGUCAAUAUGCAGACAUUUCGUGUAUUUUACACGCAGUCGUUCAGUCACAUCGUCGUCACGUUCGGGUGUUCGCUCGAUGCAGCCUUGUAAUCAUGGUCAUCUUCACACGCUUCCGAUAUUUUUGAAAACGCAAAUUUUCUGAAUUUUAUUUGCUUUUGACUUCUGCAGAGCCCGAUCCGUUUAUAUUUCUUUUAUUGUUUUUAAGACGUAAGCAAGUUAUAUAGCCUGUAAUAUUCCUUUUAAAAUCGACCCCAAAUGCAUGUUUUUUUGAGUUUUCCUUGAUAAAUAAGUGUUCUGUGUUAGAACAGAGAAGCAAAAUUGGACAUAUAUACAAAAGAGAAACACUAUUUUUGUUUGUUUUACCAUGGCUCCUGGUAAUGUAUUCAAAUGGUACUUUAACCUUUAGUUUUGAGGUAGUGGUUCAGGUUAAAUUAAGCUAAAGCCUAGGUUCAUUGUCAGACGUUAUACUAUUGUUUGCACCCUCACAGACUUUUACCAAGUGUGUUUAAAGGUAUUUCAGGGUUGGGAUAUUAAAAGCCCAUUAUAAAAACAUAAAAAUGCCUCGAAAUCGUGCUUUCUCUGAACCCGAGUAUUCUGCAGAGUACUCUGCGGAAUACUCGGUUAGCCUACCUUCAGAUCCAGAACAUGGAGUAGGACGGACCCAUGAAGUGACAGUCCGUAACUCAGGUUCUUGCCUGUGUCUACCCCGAUUUAUGAGACUGACUUUUGCUCCUGAGUCUCUGGAAAAUUUAUACCAGACCUACUUCCGAAGACAGCGGCAUGAAACCCUGCUGGUACUUGUGGUGUUUGCUGCACUAUUUGACUGCUAUAUCAUAGUGAUGUGUGCUGUAAUGUACACUGAUGACAAACUGGCAUCUCUACUGGUGGCCUCCAUUGGCCUGGUAAUCCACAUCCUCCUGUACUUUCUGUGUCGGUUCGGACUACUUCCAGAUCGCAUCUCUCGCAAGGUGGUUCCAUAUUUAUUGUGGAUUUUGAUAGCUGGCCAAAUUUUCUCCUACCUGGGGCUCAGCUUUUCCAUAUCUCAUCAGGCCAGUGACACUGUGGGCUGGCAAGCAUUCUUUGUCUUUUCCUUCUUCCUCACCCUCCCUCUCCGUCUCAUGCCUAUAGUUUUGAUCACAACCGUCUCCUGUGGGAUUCACACACUAGUGCUGGGUGUCACUAUUGCUCAGCAACAGCAAGAGACCAUAGAGGGAGUGACGCUUGUUAGACAGCUGAUUGCAAACAUUGCCAUAUACUUGUGUGCCAUCACAGUAGGCAUCAUGUCCUACUAUAUGGCUGACCGUAAGCACCGCAAGGCAUUUUUGGAAGCAAGGCAGUCUCUAGAGGUCAAAUUGAACCUGGAAGAGCAGAGUCAACAGCAGGAACGUCUUUUGCUAUCCAUCUUACCUAAACAUAUAGCUGAUGAGAUGCUAAAGGGCAUGAAGAAGGAAGAAAGUCAAAAAGAAAUGCAGCAGUUCAACACCAUGUAUAUGUACCGGCAUGAGAAUGUCAGCAUCCUGUUUGCUGACAUUGUUGGAUUUACUCAACUGUCCUCCACUUGCAGUGCUCAAGAACUGGUCAAGCUUCUGAAUGAACUCUUUGCUCGCUUUGAUAAACUGGCAGCAAAAUAUCACCAGCUGCGUAUCAAAAUCCUUGGGGAUUGUUACUAUUGCAUUUGUGGUCUGCCUGACUACCGGGAUGACCAUGCUGCAUGUUCCAUUAUGAUGGGGUUGGCCAUGGUUGAGGCUAUAUCAUAUGUACGCGAGAAGACGAAAACAGAAGUGGAUAUGCGUGUGGGAGUUCAUACUGGAACUGUGCUGGGAGGAGUCCUCGGCCAAAAACGAUGGCAGUAUGAUGUCUGGUCAACUGAUGUUACAGUUGCAAAUAAAAUGGAGGCAGGGGGACUGCCAGGUCGAGUGCAUAUUUCUCAGAGUACUUUAGAAUGCUUGCACGGUGAAUUUGAAGUAGAACCUGGUGAAGGAGGAAAACGCUGUGACUAUCUGAAGGAAAAGGGUAUCGAAACCUAUCUAGUCCUGGUACCAAAGACUCAGGUCAACAAGAAUGGCAUCAACGGUGUUAAGCUAUCACUCACGUCUUCAAAUGGAAAUUCACCACUACUGAUCAACACCAAAGAAUGCAAUGGAAGUAUCAACACAACAUGCACCACCCCUGAUGAGGGGGAAGCAGAGGAGCUUGAUACUAGAGUGGUGAAUCCUUCAUUCCCUAAUCCCAGACGAAGGCUGCGUCUUAAAGAUCUUGCUGAGAGAGUGAUUGAUGCUCAGGAAAAUGAACAGGAAUUAAACAAGCUACUCAAUGAGGCACUGCUUGAAAGAGAAACUGUACAAGCGGUAAAAGGGAAACAUACGCACCGUCUGUCAAUGCGAUUCAUUGAGCCAGAGUUGGAGACACGUUUUUCUGUAGAAAAGGAGAAGCAGAGUGGAGCUGCUUUCAGCUGCUCCUGUGUUGUCCUUUUUUUCACUGCUAUCAUGGAGGCGUUGAUAGAUCCUAUACUCAUUGCAAACUAUGUGACAUUUGUUAUUGGAGAGAUUUUGCUUCUGAUUCUUACUAUCUGCUCUCUGGCUGCAAUUUUCCCACGGGUUUUUCCUAAGAAGCUGGUCUCUUUCUCAACUUGGAUUGACCGAACACGAUGGGCCAGAAAUACAUGGGCAAUGUCAGCAAUCUUUAUUCUCACCAUGGCUGAUAUUGUUGAUAUGCUGAGCUGCCCUCAACCACUCCACUCAUAUGCAAACAAGAACUCAACAUCCACUAAGGAAAUUGUAGAAGGCUGCAUUGAAAACCCAAAAUAUUACAUCUAUAUUGCUGUCCUUGCACUCAUGGCUACAACGAUGCUUGUACAGGUUAGCCACAUGGUGAAGAUAACACUCAUGCUUCUCAUUACUGGUGCCACAGGGGUUGUCAGCAUAUACAGCUGGAGUGAGAACUUUGACCAGUAUGAUCAAACUCGCUUUAAGCUAUUUGCGUCCACCAUUGUGCCCACCAAAAUUUCCAUGACCGUUAUGAUUGUGGUUAUGAUGCUUAGUUUUUACUACUUCUCCAGACAUGUUGAAAAACUUGCCCGUACCUUGUUUUUAUGGAAGAUAGAAGUUCAUGACCAAAAGGAAAAAGUGUAUGAAAUGCGACGUUGGAAUGAAGCUCUUGUGACCAAUAUGCUGCCAGAACAUGUGGCUCGUCAUUUUUUGGGUUCCAAAAAGCGUGAUGAGGAGCUAUACAGCCAGUCAUAUGAUGAAAUUGGUGUGAUGUUUGCAUCAAUACCAAACUUCUCUGAUUUCUACACGGAAGAAAGUAUUAACAAUGGAGGAAUUGAGUGUUUGAGAUUUUUAAAUGAGAUAAUCUCAGACUUUGACAGUUUGUUGGAUGAGCCGCAGUUCCGAUGCAUCACAAAGAUCAAAACCAUCGGUAGUACAUACAUGGCAGCCUCAGGGGUUACACCAGAAUCCAAUACAAAUGGUUUCAACAGUGGCCUUAAGAAGGAGGAAAUUUCCGAUAAAGAACGCUGGCAACACUUAGCAGACCUGGCUGAUUUUGCCCUGGCCAUGAAGGUCACUAUAAUGAACAUCAACUACCAGUCCUUCAACAACUUCAUGCUCCGGAUUGGUCUAAAUAAAGGAGGUGUUCUGGCUGGGGUGAUCGGAGCUAGAAAACCCCAUUAUGACAUUUGGGGCAAUACUGUCAACGUGGCCAGCAGAAUGGAGUCUACAGGGGUGAUGGGGAACAUUCAGGUUGUGGAGGAGACCUACAUGAUUCUAAAGGAAUAUGGCUUUCGGUUUGUACGCCGUGGUCCCAUUUACGUGAAGGGUAAAGGAGAGUUGCUGACCUUUUUCCUAAAAGGCAGAGAGAAGCAGGGAUCAUUCAUCAAUGGCUCCUCUGUCACCCUCCCGCACCAAGUGGUGGACAGCUCCUGAAGUCAUAGCAGGACCUAAAAGACUGUCGUGUGAGGCUGUAGAGACAAGAGACUUGCAAGGGUGAUGGAACCCAAGAACUGUUCGACAGACUCUAUGAAAAACACUGAUGACAAGAAACGAGGAAGACGGGACAGACUAGGAUGAGUGCUCAUCUGGAAGAAAAUAUUUACGGAGGAUGAAGGAACAAUGUUUACCUUUUGGCACGUUUCUUCUGAAUUUUCAGAGCUUCUUAGUAACCAAUGAGAUUUGAACUUUGCUUUGAAUGAUCAGUUGCAGGUCAUGAAAUGUCAAGACACCCACAGUGACAUAUUGGGUUAU